CAGGGGCUGCACGCAGGUGACGUCCUUUCGCUUCAGCUCGGCCGCCAUUUUGGGGUGGGCAGAUUUUUGCGCAGCUCUGUUUGCUGCCCUGAGAAAUAGUGCAAAACAAAAGUGUAAUCUUUCAUUCGCUUGCCCCAAAAUGGCUGGAGUCACGAUAAAUCGUAAGGGUUGAUGAACACGAUUCGGCAGAUGAAUAAUGAGGGUAUGGUGACUGAAACCAGCGUCUUCGUUCCUCAGUGAGGGGAGAUCUCAGCCUUGAGCAGCGACUGCUGCUAUCUAUGCGGAGGGGUGGCUGUAGUCGCUAAUAACCUUAAGAAGCAUGAGCGAAAAGCACUUGAAAAAGUCGUGCUCUGAAACUCGAAUGCGAAAGAGAAAGAAAGGCGAUACUACGGAGUCACGAUUUCCUCCGCCGCCUUACUCGAAACUACGCCCGGUGUAGGGGAGCGCGUUGCUAACUGGGCACCGCCCUUCCCCCCUUCUUCUCCUCCUCCUCUUCCCAAUGCUGAACCUGGCCCCGCUGCUGUAGAUGAGGCAUCCCCGGCGUGCUUGGUAAUUCGUGAUGUUGAUAUCUGACCAACAGAAAAUGAGCUGAUACAAUCAACUGUUUAUGGACCAUCACUGGAAAACACUGGUUGCAAACUGUUGUGUGCUGGAUCUGGAUCAGUGAUACAACAACAAUCAAAUGACAGUUUUUCAAUGUUCUUAUGGAUAGCAUUGUGAACAGCAUGACCUACCAACUACUAUUUUUUCUGUAAUGAACAGCUGGGAGAACCCCUUUAGAGCGAGAGAACUACUUACGUAAAAAUGCAUCCAGUUGUGACUGAACACCAGAUAAGUGCUGUGGUAGACAUGGACUUCAUGUCAUGUUGGCUUUCUGUUUAAAAGACAGAAGGCUGGCACUUCUAAAGGGACAGUGACAAAGUGAUGACCAAGUGCCAAGUGCCAGCUGUCCUUAUUCACCAAAUUGAAGAAGAAUUGGAUAAAGAAGAAGGUGAGAUAAUGGUUUUCCUUUGCCGAGACCUUGCUCCUGACUUGGCUACUGCUGAUCUGAGAGAGCUUUUGAUGGCUUUGAAUGAGAGGGAGAAACUGUCUCUUCUUGGAUUGUCUGAGCUGCUGUACAGAGUUAAGAGGUUUGAUUUGCUGAGAAGGAUCUUGAAGACUGAGAAAAUAACAGUGGAAUUUAACCUUGCCAGGAGUCCCAGACUUGUCCCUGAUUACAGGGUACUAAUGGUAGAGAUUAAUGAGAAUCUGGAAAAAGAAGAAGUGGGUUCUCUUGUUUUUCUACUCAGAGAUUAUGCACCUCGUAUGAAAUUGGCAAAAGAUAAGAGUUUCUUAGCUCUAGUGAUCGACUUAGAGAAACUAAAUUUGGUGGCUCCUAAUCAGCUGGAUCUGAUAGAAGAGUGUUUCCAAAGUAUUCACAGGAUAGACCUGAUUAAGAAGAUUAAGAAGUACAAACAAGAAGCUUUUGUGUCCUCCGUUCAUUCUCAGCCAGUGUAUGUAAAUGCACUUCAGGCAUCUCUCCCUAAUCUCAGUCUGAUUGAUCCUCCUUACAAUUCAGAGAUCCAGAACAUGAACAAAGAAAAAUCACAAAAUGGACAAAGCUUUUUUCAAGAAGAACCAGUCCACAUGUCCAUUCAAGAAUCAGGACCAGCAUCUCAUAAAGUGUUCAAUGAUCAGUACAGAAUGCAAAGUCAACCUUUAGGAAUAUGCCUGAUCAUAGAUUGCAUUGGUAAUGACACGGAUGUGCUGGAAGAGACCUUCAGAGGCUUAGGCUAUGAUGUUCGUUGCCACAGACAUUUAGAUAUGGACGCCAUGAAUGAAACGUUGCUUGAAGUUGCAGGGUUACAGAAGCACAGGAAUUGUGACAGUUUCAUUUGCAUAUUGGUCAGCCGUGGAAGUCCUCAGAGCAUCUUCUGUACAGACCAGACUUUUACUGGAUUCCCUUUGGAACAAAUAAAGAAAUAUUUUAUGGCAGACUCAUGUCCUGAACUCCGAGGAAAACCGAAGCUCUUCUUUAUUCAGAGCUAUAUUGUUCCCAAAAAUGAGCAAGAAUGUACUAGUAUGUUGGAAAUAGAUGGAAAUGAUGAUAAAAUUAUUGCUAAUGCAAAAAUCCCUUUGAAAGUCACUAUUCCCCAAGUAGCAGACAUCUUUUGGAGUCAGUGCAAGGUGGAUGUGUCUACAAUAGAAAAAUCUCCAACUUCAUCAUCGUAUUAUCUGCGUUGUCUGGCUGAGCUACUCCGUAAUCCUCAUAAAAGGAAACUGUCUAUAUUAGAUAUCCAUACAGAACUGAACAGAAAAGUCUAUGAAUGGAAUAAGACUACAGACCCAAGCCAACAAUACUCACUUCUGCUCCAGCACACACUGAGGAAAAAACUUUUUCUUUCUCCCACUUAACCACUAUUGGAAAUAAUAUGUUUGAAGUAGCUGAGAAAUGCUUACCAUGAUCCACUUUCACCCACGCUUUAAUUUCAUAUGUAUCUGAAGUGCCUGUUGCUUCUAAACCCAGUGAUUUAGAAGCAUUUUGGGUUGUUAAGGCACUAUAUUUUAUAUUUUAAUACAAAGGGCUCUGAAAGAUUGGAUAAUAAUGGCAGCUAUUGCAUAGACCAGCAACAGACCAUACAACCAAGUGCAACAGGUAAACAGUGUAUAAAGAGCUCUAAACUGUACAGUUGGGUUUUCUAAGGUUUUGUGUUUUAUUGUUUGUAUUUUAGCAUACCUGGUAUCAGCGCAAUGAUCUAUGCUCAUAUUUUGUUGCUUAAAACAACCAAGCCAGUGCAAAACAUUGAAGUUCAGCAUGCGAACUGUUAAAAAUUGACCAGGUACUUAUUCCCAGCACUUAAUAAUGAAAAAUGUGACAGGAGAAGAUGCCUACCCAGCAACACCAGCUCUUUGGUAACAAGUUCUGACUUCUGUGCCUCCACAGACUUUAGCAAAACAUAAGGAAGAGAGAGAUGGUCUUCUAAAUAAUUUGGAUUCUAUCUGUCUGUAUUAGAAGAUGUGAUUCACCCAUAACCCUGUGUCAUCACUAGUGUCCACAGCAUACAAGAGUUGUAUGUUAAUAGAUCAGUCUGACAUGAUUUGUGCUGUUUUCCACUGAUGCAAAAAUGAGUCUACAUGUGGCAGGGUUUUAUGGUUGUCUGUGCAGUUUAAAAAAAAAAGUGUGGCACCAGGCAUAGUUGCAAAAGUACGUUGUUUUCCACAUUUCAACCAAACGUAACCCACUGCCUGUUAAGACCAAAUUAAAUUAGGUUUCUCUCUCCUCACACACAUCGCUUUUGCUUAUGGAAAAGGAUAUGUUGUCUUAAACUGAUUUAUUUUUUCAAGUUGCCCUCAUCCCCCUAGAAAAGGUAGGAGUGAAAAUUGUAUUUUUUUUUUUUUUUUCUCCAGUGGAGUAGAUUCUUUACAUGAAGAGUUCAGUUGACCUGCUUGCUAUAUAACUGUAAGACUUGGAUGUGUUGUAUUGAAAUCCAUUGUGGAUAAAUCUGGGGCAUUCUCUUCGCAACUUAAAUAGGUUAAUUUCAAACUUGUAAUACUAUGUUAUAGUCUCCUGUGCAGAAAAAAAUAAAAUUCAAGGCUUUGGUAUGCCUUCCUUGAUUUCUAGUAUAAUUACAUAAUAUUUAUACUAGUUCCUUGAGCAAAAAUACGGCAAAAAGGUUUAUUUGCUAGUGUACCUGCAUUUUAUUUGAGCAAAAAGCAGGUGUGCUUUUUAUAUAUCACUUUAUCGGCAAUGUUUUUCAUCAUAGAUCAGGUCUAAAAGGUAGCUAACAGUACUGCAUUGUUACUAAUUAUGGUAGCCAUGGCCACAAAACUUACUCUGAUAGCAGGGACACUUUUUAUCCCUCAACAUUAUGCUGUACUUCUGGAUGUUGGCUUGACGUUGUUUUUAAUAUCUUUUUUUUU